AUGAAGUGUUGCAGCAAUUUUAAGAAUUGGAAAAAUAAAUAUAAAGGUUUAAAUCUUAAACAAAUUCUGGUGCAAAAUACUGAUGAAUUUUGUCGUAAUACCACCUUGCACGGCAUGAAAUAUGUGGCCGAUAGUGAAUUGAAAACAAGUGAAAGGUGUUUUUUUGCUUUUUCCAUUAUAACGGUUGUAUGUUUAGCUAUUUAUUUAAUAGCUCGUGUUUACGAUAAAUGGUCUACAACUCCGGUUAUUGUGGGCAUUAAUCCCGAACCUACCUUUGUAACAGAUGAACCAUUCCCUGCUGUCUCAAUUUGUAACUUUAAUCAAGCUUUGGCGGAUAAGGUUGAACAUUUUUCGAGGAAAUCUCCCGAAUAUGCCAUGUUGCAAUUAUUGUGCAAAAGAGAGGUCAACACAUCGAUGAUACGAACACUUAUGAAUUGGAAUAAUUUGGAAAAUUUUAUUGUGAAUAUCUCCCAGCCCUGUGAGGAUAUGUUGGUUGAAUGUCGUUUUGGUGGUAGAAAUUACAACUGCAGUCAUAUUUUUCAUCCCUUGGUAACAGAUGAAGGUCUAUGUUGCGUUUUUAAUAUGUUGCAUCCCAAAUUCAUGUAUGUUUCCCACACACCUCAAACCUUUCACAAUCUCUCAAACUACUCCCGACUUACACCUGUCGAUUGGUAUACGGAACAAGGUUAUCCUAAAAAUUUACCUGAUUAUUUCUAUCCCCAAAAAAUACCGGGUAUAGGAGAAUCUUUGGGUUUGUCCGUAACACUCGAUGUACAACAGGAUAAAUACUAUUGCUCCUCCUCUAGUAGUGUGGGUUUCAAAUUUGCCCUACACAGUCCCAAUGAAUCACCUAAUAUACGCGAGACCGGAGUGUUUGUGGAACAUGGUAAGGAGACAAAGUUACGUGUUAGACCUUAUAAAACUGAAACCGAACCUCAUUUGAAAUCGAUUAAUAAAAAAUUUCGCCAUUGUUUAUUUCACAACGAGGGUAACUUGAAAUUUUUCGCUCAUUAUACUCAACGUAAUUGUGAAAUGGAAUGUGUCGCGGAAGUGUCGAGAAAAUAUUGUGGUUGUGUUAGUUAUUUUAUGCCGAAAAUAUAUAGCAAUAUAUCGGUGUGCAGCAAAAAUGACGCUAAAUGUGAACGUAAGGUUCUAUUGCGCAUGGAUAAUAGUAUUAAAUCUUGUUUGGAUGAUUGUCUGCCCAGUUGUUUUGAUCUGAAUUUUGAAGUUGAUGCCUUUUCGACAAAAAUCUCACAUAAUGGUUUCGAUAUUACCAAUACACUUAUCAUGAAUAUGAGUCAUUCGUAUGUGGAAGAGAAUAUUGCCAUUGUUCAUAUGUAUUUCAAGGAGAAUUCGUUUCGCAGUAAUAUACAAACGGAAUUUGUGGGCAUAUCAGAUUUUCUCUCCAGCAUUGGUGGUUUAAUGGGCCUCUUUCUUGGCUUUAGUUUUAUGUCUAUAGCUGAGUUGAUCUACUAUGCCAUUAUGCGCCCCUAUCGUUCGAUUAAUAAGUUCAUUAAAUCCAAAGAUAUCUAUAAGAAUUUGGAAAAUGGAACUAAACCUCUUUCUUCGAAAACAUCCAAAACUCUUAAUAGAUCUAUAAAGAAACGUUAUAAUAAUGUAUUUCCUAUGGCAAAAAUUCAAAAUGAUCAGAAGCGUUUAUUUGAAUAUAAAAUGCCGUUACCAUAUUUACUGACAGCUGAAAGGGAAAAACUGGAUAAAAGUGGCACCUAUGUUUGGAUGGAUUAA